AUGGCAAGAGGCAGGCAGAAUGGAGACGACGAUGGCGCCUGGAGACCGUCGGCAGAAGAUGCCUACAUAGAGGCCGCUGAUGAGUUCCUCGAGGAGGAGAUCAUGGGUAAUGGAUCUAAAGAUAAAGAUGAAGAGAAAGCCUCAUCCCAGAAGACAUCCCGGGCCACUCCUCAAAAGAAAUCUCCAGUCCCGCAACGCAAGAAGGUGACUAAGCGGACGAAACGUCCGGAGGAUGAGACAUGGAAGCCCACGGAUGAGGAGCUUGAGGACGAAGAGCUCGAAGUCCAGGAGAUGGUGAAUGAACAGCUAUUGAGCGAGGAGCUGGAACAAACAAACGCUGCUAAAAAGGCGACCCCCAAGGCACCCCCCAAAGCACCCCCCAAGGCGGCCCCCAAGGAUUCCCCCAAGGUCUCAACCACCACCGACCGCAAGAAGUCGAAGCCUCGAAUCAAGCACGAGGAGGAUGAUGCUUGGAGUCCGGAGGAGUCAGAGGACGAGGAUUACGUCAAUUCCGAAGAUGAGGAUCUGGAUUAUGAGACCCUGGCAGACAAGAAGGGCGCGGAUGAGGUGCCCAUAAUCCGAAAGAGCACACCACCAAGGAAGCCCAAGAAGACUUCAGCGGGCAAGAGUGAGGAAGAUGACGAGCCGUCGAGCGGAAAGAGUACACCGCCGCGAAAGUCCAAGAAGAGACCUGCCGUGGUCUCCGCCGGGAGCCCUGAGACUCACAAGAAGCCGGGCCCCGGGCCGCUACCCCUGCGCAAACACACCCUCGUGCCAGCCAGCAACGAGGUACCUCCUGAUUUCAUCGUGAGAGGUCAGAACUCCAAGGCUCCGUUCACUUUCACAGUGUACCGUGGAGAGGGUAUGUGUAUGCUCGCCAUGAACUGGAAGAAAGACACGCCUCCCGACGACUUUGUCGGGUUCGUGAUUGAGUACCUGGAGCCCCAGUCGACCGAGUGGCGGGAGAUUCCCAACUUUCUCACCUUCCCCGGAGAGGCGCCCCAAUCUGGGCCCGAUGCCCGUUCGAGCCGUCGGUCGCCGAUCCAGAGGUUUCGUUGGGUGCAUUUCCCGUACACGGUAGAUGUCCCUGGGUAUUUCCGCUAUAAAGUCACUCCUGUCUUCAUGAAGGGUGGGGAGGAAGACCACCAAUUGAUCUAUGGAGAGAUUCAGGAUGUGAAAAUCCAGAUAAUGGCGCAGACAUACCCAGGCAAGAUGAACAUUGCCUUUACCCGAGGUUUCGUCUCCUCGAAGGCUUUUGUCAAGAAGUUCGGCAGCGAUGGCGGUUUGGGGACCAUCCUGCCCGUCAAGGCCGACGAUGGACUCGAAUUCAGGCCCAGAGACCCAGAGCUGCAGGAAAAGGCGCUAUCCUGGAUGGGCUUUGAAGCCCGUGAGGUCAUGCUCGGUGCCCUUGAUUCGGCCAUCGAGGAUGAGACGGCCCAGGUACGCGUGCUCGCGUAUGACCUGAACAACCCCGAGAUUGUCCUCCGCCUGAAGAAGAUCGGGAAACGUGUCAAGAUCAUCAUUGAUGACUCCGAUCCGCACAAAGAAGCCGACGACGCUGAAACCAAAGCGGCUGUAAUGCUGCAGAGGUCUGCAGGUAAGAAUAACGUCCAGCGUCAGCACAUGGGUGGUCUGCACCACAACAAAGUCAUCAUUGUCGACGGCAAGAAGACCCAGAUCGCCAUCGGCGGAUCGACCAACUUCUCGUGGCGAGGCCUUUAUGUCCAAAACAACAACCUCAUCGCCCUGGAGGGACGUGGACCAGUGGAGGUGUUCACCAAAGCAUUUGAGAACUACUGGGAGCACCCCAAUGACACCGACGGGUUCUAUAACACCGAGUCGGCGCAGUGGAACGACCUCGGGCUCGGCGGGAUCGACGCGCAGGUGACAUUCUCGCCGCACAGCUCCAAGGCAGGCACCCUGGACGGCAUCGCGCAGGACAUCGCAAACGCGCAGUCGAGCCUCUUCUAUUCGCUCGCCUUUCUCUACCAGACGCCCGGCGUCAUAAGGGACGCCAUCGUGAAGAAGACGGCGGAGAAGGGCAUCAUGGUCUACGGCCUGUCGGACAAGUCGGUCGACGAGCUGGAGCUCCAGACCAGCGGCGGCAACCCGCCCGUGGCGUACCCGGAGAGCUUCGACGACGAGUCGGCCGGCGGUUCGGGGGCGAGGAUGCACCACAAGUUCGUGGUCAUUGACUUCGAUAAGCCCAACGCUCGCGUGUACACUGGCUCGCACAACUUCAGCACAGCGGCAGACCUGAAGAACGCGGAGAACCUGUUCCUCAUCAGGGACGCUCGUGUGGCAACUGCGUACAUGAUUGAGGCUGUGUCCAUGUUUGAUCACUAUGAGGUCCGCAACCAUGUGCAGAAGAAGAAGAAUGCUGAGGCCAAGGGGGAGAAGCAUACCAUCAACUUGAGGCUGCCGCCAAACAGGAAGAAGGGGGAGAAACCGUGGUGGGACCAAUACUGGUCUGUAAAGCAGAAGAUACACGACCGCGAGAUGUUUGGGUCUUAA